AAAGGCAUCUCUAUUCCUGGCAGCGUUUGUCACACGACUGUAAUUACACGUAGUAGGACGAUUAUUAUUAUUAAUAAUACUAAUAAUAAUAAUAAUAAUAAUCCGAAGAACAGUUUUAGUCCCGGCUAGAGCUACCGCAACUUUCACUAUGCCUGUGAAAAUGCACGUCGUGUACUGUGGUGCCUGAGGCUACAAGCCGAAGUUCUAUCGUCUCAAGCUGCAGCUGGAGGAUGAGUUCCCUGGCGAUGUGGAGAUUACUGGAGAAGGGACCCGUCAGUCCACUGGCUGGUUUGAGGUCACCAUCAAUGGACGUCUGGUUCACUCCAAGAAGGGGGGUGAUGGCUUCGUGGACAGCGAUGAGAAGGUGCAGAAGAUCAUGAAGUCCAUCGAGGAGGCUAUGAAACACUGAGGCUCUGCGCACUGCAGGUUAAACUCUCCCUCUGUCCUCUGACCUCGCUGACCGCUUGAUGACGGCCGUGCCUGCAAUGCUGACCAGCAGGGGCUCGACCUGAUACCCGCGAGACGGGGGUGCGAGUGCAGAGAGCGAGGGCUCACCUGCAAACUUACUUCAUUUAUUUAUUUAACAUGUAUUUUUUUUCCAUUAUUCAGAUUGAGCUCUCCACAGGGAGGGUGGCUGGUGUCGAUCGGGCUCAUGUACCAUUCAGAGUGGAGAAGCGGCUGCUGGGGUUUGUGUGGGUCGCUGUCCUCCUCCUCCUCCUCCGAGUCUCAGGAAAGCAGCGAUCAUCACAAACCCAAGCAGCGGUCUCUUCACUCGUUUCACACACAAUGGUUAAUCAGCCCGAUCAACAGCAGCAACUCUCCCCUGUGGAGCGCUUAAUCUAAAUAAUAAUGGUUUCUGAUGUCUCUCGCAGUGUGCCUGCUUGAUGUCUCUCGCAGUGUCGGGCUGGCUAAGGGCAGUGUGCCUGCUUGAUGUCUCUCGCAGUGUCGGGCUGGCUAAGGGCAGUGUGCCUGCUUGAUGUCUCCCGCAGUGUCGGGCUGGCUAAGGGCAGUGUGCCUGCUUGAUGUCUCCCACAGUGUCGGGCUGGCUAAGGGCAGUGUGCCUGCUUGAUGUCUCCCGCAGUGUCGGGCUGGCUAAGGGCAGUGUGCCUGCUUGAUGUCUCCCGCAGUGUCGGGCUGGCUAAGGGCAGUGUGCCUGCUUGAUGUCUCCCGCAGUGUCGGGCUGGCUAAGGGCAGUGUGCCUGCUUGAUGUCUCUCGCAGUGUCGGGCUGGCUAAGGGCAGUGUGCCUGCUUGAUGUCUCCCGCAGUGUCGGGCUGGCUAAGGGCAGUGUGCCUGCUUGAUGUCUCCCGCAGUGUCGGGCUGGCUAAGGGCAGCGUGCCUGCUUGAUGUCUCCCGCAGUGUCGGGCUGGCUAAGGGCAGCGUGC